GCACGCCAGUCUUGGUCUGCAUUAGUACGAUUUUGUUGUGGUAGUGAGGCGGUUUCUUCCUCAGAGGGGAUUACAGAACUGCGCACAGGGGUAUUUUCUCGGUUCCCUCUGUGACGAUUUGAAACAUUGGAGCAAGCAGGGCACUGCCAAGAGGCCAGGUACUCCUUAGACAUUGUUGCGAAUUGGUGCAAAUUUAUAUUGAGACAUUCACAGUGGUACGAGGAUUUACAGAGAUGACACUGCAUGAGGGAUUGCCUGGUCACGGGACGUCCGCACCCACUGCCGCACUCAAUAUUUCGAGGCAUUUUCGGCCCUUUUGUGUGUAAUAAAUGUUGAAAACGCAGGAACAAAAUACGAAUAAACUGGCGGUUGAACAACAAAUCACUUGAAGACAGUUCACGCGAAAUUGACCCGGCACACUGUAGUUAUUAAGUCGCUAAUCGCGUAGCAAGAUCACUAAUGACAGACAAACUUGCCACAACAGCUGAUUCACUUAAUUGCAAGCGGUUUUUAUCACGAUUACUUCUUAAUAAUAUGUUAAGUUUCAGUCGAUAUAACACUUUCAACUACGAAUUUACACAUUUAACUCUGAGGAUAACACUGUGAAUUGCGAAUAUUUCUAAUAUUUCAAUUAUAAUUCGAUUUUAAAUACGGAGACAAUGUAAGUAUGUUUUGUUGACGCCAGCGCCUCUGACAAGAUGUCAUGAAAUAGACACUACAUUAUUAUAUUUGGGCAAAUCACUGGAUUUCGCACCAAACACGCCUUAAUUCAAAUACUUAAAAUCCCGCUGAAUGUCUCACGACAGAUUGCCGGAAUAUUUAGAGACUAAAUAAAAAAAAAAAAUAUUUGUAAUCACUUUUGACUGCCUAUAAUAAAACCAACCUUUAAAUGCUUCAGGAAAUUGGUAGCAGAAGUAACACUACCCUUUAUCGCUUUCGAACAUACAUUGCAUACUGCAGAUACAUUCACAUCACUUUCAUCCUUGUUACGAAAAAAAUAUUAAAAAAUAUGAAAUUUUAUCAUGGCAGUGACGAAAUAACGGGCCAGUAGUAGUAGUCAUAGUAAGCUAUUAUGGCAUUCUCAUCAUUCUUCAUUUUCAUUAAUCAUUCUAUUAGGUUAACAUAUGUUCAAUUUGACUCUGAUUCGGUUGAAACUUAUAAAUUGUAUAUUAAUCAAUUUACUGACAAUACUCAAUUUUUCUUUACAAUGUAAAGAAUAAAAAAAAGAAUAAAAUUUAAAUUAUAACAGCGCACCAUUUCAUAAAAUUCUCGAAUUUGAGGACAAUGAUCGAGACAACGGUUAUGGGUCACUUAAAAACUUGAAACUUUGCAAGCACCCGCAGUAUUAUUAGUAACUUGAUCAAGUAAUUUGAUCUAGUAAUUUGAUCAAGGACACGAACGUAACUGAUUGAUUCAAUUCAAUAAUUUAAAAAAAAGCCGCCCUCGCCCCUCCUACCGAAACCGUUUGUUGUCGGCAAGACGAAAAGGUGCGAUAAUUUUUUUUACACGUGGGACAGUACCUAGUUACUAGUUUUGACUAGAGACAGUUACCUACCUACCGACCGCUUCCUUGCGAUCGUGAGGUAUCUUUACGCGGCUGGAUUUUGCAGUAAUACACUGUGUCUAUACAUUGUGUAUUUUCAUGGAAAAUUUAUUUCAAUAAAUGUCAAAACUAAGGAGGGCGUAGAUUAUCGAUUCUAAACUAUUUCUGAAAUUAUUGCCAGUUUACGAAAAUUAACCCUGUAUUAUUGAACAAGCAUAAUACCACAUUUAUUAAGUCUUCUUUCGAUUAGCCACUCAUUUUUGCACAUAUUUUAAUUCUAAAUUGCACUUCCGAGAGCUCAUUUGGAUAUCCUUUAUUUUGCUCUCCAAAACUGCAAUGUCCAAAAACUCAACUGCAAAACUCCAAAUUGUCUUUUUUGACUGGAUCUCGAGUAAUUCGAUCUUGUUUUUGAAAAACUCAUUAGAAAAGCAAUGGACCUCUCAAUACUGGAGUUUGUUUCACGAAUUUCUGUCAUUACCAAGCUGAUUUUUUAAAUUUCUCUUUCCUAGUUUUGCAAUAGAGAAAAAAUAAAACUUUUCAUAUCUGAGGUGUCUUCUUCAUCAUUUCUUUUGCGGUUGUUACGAGCACCACUAAAAUUUGGCGGCAGUUUAUACAUGACGGCACUUAGAUUUAAGUCAGAUUGAUAUCAAGGUUACCAUACAAAAAGUCUUUCCGUCCAAUAUAAGUUGGUCCCUCAGAUUAGAUUAGUGCUAUCUUCUUUUACUUAGAGGGUUAUUGAUGCGAGUGAGCGAGACGAGAGUCAGAUCACGUAACAUUGGUGUGUAAGGUAAUAAUUGUAUGUCACCAUGCUUGUGGUUGUAAUACUUGACCAAUGCAGCAAGUCACACUCUUGAUAUCCUAUGCACUCCCAUUAUUUUGUUUCACUUUUUGUUUAAUUUUUUAAAUAGUUUUAAAUUGGAAGCAAUAGUGGUUUUAGACACGUUUACUCUUGACAGAUAUCCGGGGGAUGAGGAUUAUAUCUGGCAAAGUUUAGUUUUCCCUGAAUUGACUGACCAUUUACCCAUUCUUGUCUAUCGAAAAUCCAGAAAAAUCUAAAUUUAACCAUAAUAUGUUAGCUAAAUCCAAUACGAACAAUAUAUGACUAUGAUGUUAUUAGUAAGGACUUGGUUAGGACGUUUGUUCUUAACGAUGUCCGCAUUCUGGCGGAUAUGCUAGUAAGCAAAUUGCAGUCGAUAAUUGACAACAAUACUAUUCUAAAAACCAUAUCACACAGGAGUCAAGCCUCUAAUCCUUGGCUCACAUAUGGAAUUGUCAAAUGGCUUUGAUUGUUCAGGCUCGAACCCCAGGAUGCAUAGUUCGUCUUCAAUGUCUGAGGUUUUUGUGUUCACUGGGAUUCUCCUAAUCGCCACCUUCAGACUCCUGUCUUAGGGCAGCGAAUAGAAUAAGAAUAGUUUAUUUGAAAAAACUCAGUACACUUUCAAAUGACGUCCUGGCCCUUAGGCCGGGACUCCACCAAAGCAGAGAUGUGUGCGGUGUGCUGUGUGCUGUGCGAGAAGAGAUGUUUUUCAGCUCGCGGGACUCCACCAAAGCGGAGAUGUGUGCGGUGUGCUGUGUGCUGUGCGAGAAGAGAUGUUUUUCAGCUCGGGUGCGGGGCGUUGAGUGCUCAGUACGCAUUCUGACACGAAAGGUAGACGAUGUCGCUAUUAUUACAAAAAAAGUAUCUUCUUUUACUUGAAGAAGAACUACAGUCUGAAGAAGCAGAAUUGAUAGCUUUAUACUACCUAAACAAAAGAAAACAUCGGUUUUGGAAAAGAAGUCACUUGUAUUACCAUACCAGUCAUGGAGAAUUUUUUACUCUGUUUAAUGAGUUAGAUGAUGAAAGUUUUACCAAGUCCUACAGACUACCGAGGAAUAUAUUCUACGAACUACAUAACUUAAUUAAACCACAUAUAUUUAAGCAAGAUACUAACUACAGGAGAUCUAUCUGUACCCAAGAGCGGCUAGCAGUAUGUUUGAAGUAUUUGGCGACUGGUUCAAAAUUUUCACAAAUAGCUGAAAAUUUUAGGAUUGGAAAAUCGACUGUUCCAAGAAUUAUAGAAGAUGUCUGCGAUGCCUUGUGGACAGUAUUACAACCUUUGGUUAUGCCAGAACUUAACGAAAAUGAUUGGAAAAAAAUUUCAAAGCAAUUUGAAGAAAUCUGGCAAUUCAAAAACUGCGUCGGGGCCAUUGAUGGCAAGCAUGUGUACAUGUUUGCACCCCCAAAAUCUGGGUCCUCAUAUUACUGUUAUAAACACAGGUUUUCAACUGUAAUGAUGUGCGUAGCCGACGCUACCCGAAGAAUAAUUAUGGUAGAUAUAGGUUCAAUGGGAAGGUUCAGCGAUGGUGGUAUUUUUGCUGAUAGUAUAUUCGGAAUUCGUUUGAGAGAAAACAGACUAAAUCUACCACAGCCACAACCCUUGUACCAAAAUGGAGAACCUGUACCGUUUGUUUUUAUUGGAGACGAAGCUUUCCCUUUGAUGACUAACUUAAUGAGACCAUAUCCACGCGAUAAUUUAAAUAACGAAAAACGAACAUACAAUUAUAGACUUUCAAGAGCUCGUCGUAUUGUGGAAGCUACAUUUGGUGUAUUAUCACGGAAAUGGUACGUAUACCGUAAAGAAUUUGAAUGUAAAAUAGAAACAGUGGAAAAAGUGAUAAAAGCAACGUGUGUUCUACACAACUUUUUAAUUGACAAGAUGCCUGGCUAUCUAGAUAAUAAUGAAACGGGUUUGGCCACGACUAUGUUUAACGACACAAACGUGGAAAAUCUAUUAUCGAAUGACAAUAUGGAUGCCUAUCAAGUUCGAGAAAAAUUCUGUAGUUAUUUCAACAACGAGGGCGCCGUUCCAUGGCAAGACACUCGUAUUACAAUAUUACUUGAACGAAAUACUUAAUAUAAUAAAUUGCACUUACCGUCAGAUAA